CGCUGGGCAGCCGAUCUCAGCCAGUUGUUCCCCAAGCUCAAGUCUGGUGCCCCCGCGGUGGGUGUGUGAAGGAGGACGGAUAGACUGACCAGACGGCUACCAGGGCCACUAGAAGUUUGAUAGCACCAUGCGUGAGAUAGUGCAUAUCCAGGCCGGCCAGUGCGGCAACCAGAUUGGAGCCAAGUUCUGGGAGGUCAUCAGUGAUGAGCAUGGGAUCGACCCCACUGGCAGUUACCAUGGAGACAGCGAUUUGCAGCUGGAGAGAAUCAAUGUGUACUACAAUGAAGCUACUGGUAACAAAUAUGUCCCUCGGGCCAUCCUGGUGGAUCUGGAGCCAGGCACCAUGGACUCAGUCAGGUCUGGACCAUUCGGUCAGAUCUUCCGACCAGACAACUUUGUGUUUGGCCAGAGCGGUGCCGGAAACAACUGGGCAAAAGGCCAUUACACAGAGGGAGCCGAGCUGGUAGACUCAGUCCUGGAUGUGGUGAGGAAGGAGUCAGAGAGCUGUGACUGUCUGCAAGGUUUCCAGCUGACCCACUCACUGGGGGGUGGCACAGGGUCAGGGAUGGGCACCCUACUCAUCAGCAAGAUCCGGGAGGAGUACCCGGAUCGCAUCAUGAACACCUUCAGUGUGAUGCCCUCACCCAAGGUGUCAGACACAGUGGUGGAGCCCUACAAUGCCACCCUCUCAGUGCACCAGCUGGUAGAAAACACAGAUGAGACCUACUGCAUCGACAAUGAGGCGCUGUAUGACAUCUGUUUCCGCACCCUGAAACUGACCACCCCCACAUAUGGAGACCUGAACCACCUGGUGUCAGCCACCAUGAGCGGGGUGACCACCUGCCUGCGCUUCCCAGGGCAGCUGAACGCAGACCUGCGCAAGCUGGCAGUGAACAUGGUGCCCUUCCCCCGCCUGCACUUCUUCAUGCCUGGCUUUGCCCCCCUGACCAGCCGGGGCAGCCAGCAGUACCGUGCCCUGACGGUGCCCGAGCUCACCCAGCAGAUGUUCGACUCCAAGAACAUGAUGGCCGCCUGUGACCCCCGCCAUGGCCGCUACCUGACCGUGGCUGCCAUCUUCCGGGGCCGCAUGUCCAUGAAGGAGGUGGAUGAGCAGAUGCUCAACGUGCAGAACAAGAACAGCAGCUACUUCGUGGAGUGGAUCCCCAACAAUGUGAAGACGGCCGUGUGUGACAUCCCACCCCGUGGCCUCAAGAUGUCGGCCACCUUCAUUGGCAACAGCACUGCCAUCCAAGAGCUGUUCAAGCGCAUCUCGGAGCAGUUCACGGCCAUGUUCCGGCGCAAGGCCUUCCUGCACUGGUACACUGGCGAGGGCAUGGAUGAGAUGGAGUUCACCGAGGCUGAGAGCAACAUGAAUGAUCUGGUGUCUGAGUACCAGCAGUACCAGGAUGCCACGGCUGAUGAACAGGGGGAGUUUGAGGAGGAGGAGGGUGAGGAUGAGGCUUAAAAUCACAAAGGGUUAGGGAAAUUCACAGCAGGUUAGGGAAAGUUAAGAAUGAAAGCAAAGGGGGUGGGGGGGACUUACUGGAGAAAUAUCUGGGCAGUUGAAGGAAAGAAGCAUGGUCUAUUCUAGAUGUUUGCACUGGUUCUCUGGUGCUCUUCACUGUUGCCUGUUUUGUUUUUGUUUGUUUGUUUUAAUAUUGAUGACACUAAUGUAACAUUUGAGAUAUUUCUGAACUACUGUUGUAAUGACUAAAUCACAUAAACAUUUGUGCUCUAA